GAAGAAGCAAUUGGUAAAGGAUGCUUGCCAUCAAGGCAAAAUAUCAAGAAGCAACCUGGCAAGCUGAUAAGGUAUCUCUCCUGUCUGGGGAAAACCAAUAUGGAGUUUGCACCUUUAAUAAGGAAAAAAAAGAAAAGAAAAGAGAAACUAUGGGAGAUGAAGAAAAGUUUGCAUGAUCAUGGAAGAAACACGCCGUCGCUCGUACACAAUUAUCGAGCCUCGAUGCACUUGGUCGCGGGCCGAGGAUUGCGACACUCUUACAGUUGAUGUAUCAGGAUUCAAGGAGGAACAGCUGAGAGUUUUAGCCAACACCCGUCGGAAGCUGAAGAUCAGUGGCGAGCGCCAUCUCGACGGAAAUCGGUGGGCUCGAUUCGUUAAAGAGUUCCGAAUCCCGAAAAGCUGCCAUAUAAAAAGCAUCAAGGCCACGUUCAACAAAGAAGAUCAAGUGCUUAAUGUCAUACUACCAAAAUCGACCCACCAAGUUAAAUCACAGGAACAACCAACACAAGUGAGUGAACCUCCAGUGGAUCACAAAACAAGCGAAAAGACGGAUUCGAGCGAUAGCCAAGCAAGAAAGGCUACGGAUGAAAAGAAUUUAGAAGGUAGCAGCAAAGGUGCAGUACAAAGAGCGGAAGAGAGUAUUAAGGGAGAACAAGAAACAGUGCCUACGAAGAAUGAGAGAGACUCGGGGAAAAGAGACGAGGAAUUCACCAAAGAGAAUGAUAAGCCUGCAGUGAAUGAAAGGGAUUCGAGCAAAAGAGCUGAGGAAAUCACCAAAGAGAAUGAGAAGCCUACAGAGAAUGAGAGGGAUUCGAGGAAAAGAGAUGAGGAACUCACCAAAGAGAUUGAAACUUCUCAGGAGGCGAAUGCGUCGAAGAAGCGGAGGAAAUGGUAUGCUGGACUCGUUAGAUGGUUUAACAAGAUCAAAGCAUUUAUGUUGUAUGUUGUUGUUCCGAUAUUGAUCAUUGUGGGUGUUGUGACUUAUUUGAUGUAACAAAAUUGUAGACAAACACGUAAUUCACGAUGCAAACCAUUAGGAACAGAGGAACCUGCCAAAUAUUCUAUUAAUUUAUGGACCAAAUUGAAAUAUCACAGAAUACACGAGAGAUAACAACUCCCAAUAACCUCAAGAAGGGGCGGAUUAUCGCGACGAUUUAUAAACAAAAGAAACCUAACGUUCUAACUAA